AUGGACAAACAUUGCAUUUACUGUAAGGCUAUGGGCCAUAUUAGGAAGGAUUGUCCUUCACUUUCGACUGAAACGCGUACCUGCUUCGUACGCCAUAGCCAUGGUCACAUCGCUUGCAGCUGCCCUAAGAUUACAAACCCUAAUCAGACAGCCUCCAAAUGCCGUCGACCUACCCCUGUCGACAGUAGUUACGAAGCACCUGUCAUUGUUCUUUCUCGCCCUGUUGAAACACUAUCGUCCACUACUCUACCAACUUCCCCCGAACCGGUACUACAUGAAGUUCCAACGACCUCUGAGGAAGUGACCUCUGCACCUGCCCCCAAGUAUCAAACCGCAGCUCCGAUGCCUAGUGCAGACUCCUCAGUAGACCUUGUCUUUGACCCUAUUCCUGUACAGGAGAAUGUCGCUACUCAGCCAAUAUUAGAUCACACAACGUCAACAGAAAUCUUAAACGAUGUCGAUAUGGAUGAUUCUGACAACGAAUUUAUGGUUUCUUCGACGCUUUCUAUCAAGAAAUCUGCGGCUAAAAUCGCUAAAAAUAAGGCAUCCAUUAACCCUACUCGCAAAUUUUCUCGUCUUAAUAGGGGUCAAACUGGAGAGAAGUUUCAUUAUUCCAAACGUUCCACGUUAGGCACAUCGGUCGCUGUUACUACACAUUUGGGCCACGGGAUGGAGAAUGAUACUGACACGGUCAGUUCUUCUCCAUGUCAUUAA